AUGACGGGAGUAGCAUCAGAGCAAGAGGUGCAGGAGGCGGGGGAGCAACCGGUGGAAGUCUCGCGUAACGUGGAAGAAGCGGAAGCGGGGGAAAAAUCAGGAGGAAGCGCGGCUCCGGUGGAAGAGGCGGAAGCGGGGGGAGAAUCCGAGGGAAGCGCGGAUCGGGCGGAUGAUGAGGGGGCUUUGUUAGGCGGUGAGGGGAAAGGAGGGGCGGAAAAUGGGGAGGAUGAUGGGGACAAGGGGGUGGAGGAGAGGAGUGGGGAGGAGGAAGAAGUUGAGGAUGCUUUAGAUGGGGAAGAUGCGGAAGCAGUGGCGGAAGUAGAGGCGGAAGCGGAGGCGGAAGGAGAGGCGGAAGAAGAGGCGGAAGGAGAGGCGGAAGGAGAGGCGGAAGGAGAUGCGGAAGGAGAGGCGGAAGGAGAGGCGGAAGGAGAGGCGGAAGUGGAGGCGGAAGGAGAGGCGGAAGGAGAGGCGGAAGGAGAGGCGGAAGCAGUGGCGGAAGGAGAGGCGGAAGAAGAGGCGGAAGAAGAGGCGGAAGGAGAGGCGGAAGGAGAGGCGGAAGCAGUGGCGGAAGCAGAGGCGGAAGGAGAGGCGGAAGAAGAGGCGGAAGCAGGGGCGGAAGGAGAGGCGGAAGAAGAGGCGGAAGCAGAGGCGGAAGAAGGGGCGGAAGCAGAGGGGGACGCAGAGGCGGAAGCAGAGGGGGGAGGAGAGGACACAGGAGAGGAGGAAAGACCGAAUGAAGGAGGGGAAAGCGAGGAGGAAGAUGAGGAGAUGGAGGGGGAAGAGGGAGAGGAAGAGGAGGGAGAGGACGAGGAGAGGGAGGAGGGCGAGGAGGGAGAGGAGGAAGAGGAAGAGGAGAGGGAGGAGGGGGAGGAGGGCGAGGAGGGCGAGGAGGGCGAGGAGGGCGAGGAGGGGGAGGAGGGCGAGGAGGGGGAGGAAGGGGAGGAAGAGUAUAUGCCUGCUAAAGCUAAACCGCCCCCUCAAAAACCCGGCGCUGGUGCUGACGUGGCAAGGGGCAAGACUGACGUGGCGAGGGGGAAGAGCACCGGCAUCAGGGGAGUCACUGUAGCCACGACUGGGUCGGCACGGAUCGUCUUGCGGGAAGCUUCCGAACUGGGCGGCAUUAGAAGCACGACUGGGAUUCGAUUGUCUGUUAUCAAACAGAAAGAGAAGGAGGGAGGGGAGGGGAAGGGAGAUGAGGAACAUCGGCACAGUGGUGGAGGGAACAGCAGAUUUCUACAGCAGCAGGCUGACGAGGAGGGAGCGGAAGCAGAGUUGAUUGUCAUUCACUCGUCGUCAUUUGCACUCUUCACUCGUCGUCAUUUUCAUAUAGGCACAGUGGUGGAGGGAGCAGCAGAUUUCUACAGUAGCAGGCUGACGAGGAGGGAGAGGAAGCAGAGCUUUGCAGCAGAGCUGUUGCAUGAUGAGGACUUGAAGAAAUACAGGAAGCGCAAGUUCCUGGAAAUUGCGGAGGAGAAUCAGCGCAAAGGCAGGAGGCACCUGGUGAAGAAGCAGGACAGGAAGAAUCCCACGUGGGCCAGAGCAGCACCUAAGUGA